GCAGAGUGGAUUAAUGUGAGUCGGGAAGUCCUGUCGGGCUGACGAUAGGCUGGCCGGUAGCGCACUGGAUCGCCAUGACAGAAUGCGGGAUCCGGGCGAAUCGUGUCGAGUUUACGACAGCGAGGUGACGAUCGCAGUGGUGGGAGUUAGCACGCGACGCCUGGGAUCGUCGGUGCAGCCAGAGGCGAUUUCGACAAUUCUUGCCCAGGUGGGACCGAGCGGACUCGAGAGUGUAGUGGAGUAUGCGUCCAAAUCAAUGCCCGCCUGCAAGCGCAAUUACACCGCUCCAACGGGUGAAUCCUAUGCGGCUCUCUGGGGGAUCAGUCACUUUCGUGCUUACCUGUACGGGCGAAAAUUCACCCUGGUGACUAAUCAUGAGCCCCUGUUAGCUCUGAAGAAGUCGAAGGAUUACUCGGGCAUGAUCGGGCGAUGGGCGAUGGUGUUGCAGAGCAUGGACUUUGACAUCCGCCAUCGGAAGCACGAGAGACACGGGAAUGCGGACGGACUGACACGACUACACCGGCCUAAGAAAGUUCCAAAGAAUGAGGAGGUAAUUCCGUGGAACGAACCCGAACAGGAAAUUGGACUUCGGUACGGCCAAGUGGAGAUCUUAUCGAAGCACGUACAGGUAAAGUGGACGGGCACUACCGAGCAUCCCACGUGGAUCGAGAAUCCGGAGUUGUUGAUCAUACAGGGUUGGAGGACUAACGCGGAAGAAGAUCUUAUUGGGUUCCUCUUUGGAUCGGUACGACCAGGUCGUCGUCAGCUGAUUGCAGAGGAGCUCAUCGCACCGAUCGUGCAAUUGGCGGACGAUCUCUUCCCCGACAUCAACGUUCAGAGCGACAACAGUCCUGCUCCGUACAUUUUCGAGCGAUCCUUGGAUCCGUACCUUCAGUGGACUUCAUGCUUGGAGGAACCUAGGUACGAGGAUACCCUACCAUCGCGGCAGGAGUAUCUGAAGUCGUACGAGAUCAUCCCUUACACCUUCUAUCCGAGGGCAGAGGAAGUGGUGAUCAACGACGACGAAGAAGAAGAAGACAACGACGAGGAAACAUUGGAGGAGGGAAGCCCAGCCGGAAGAAGCGGAAGAUCCGGAAGCGGCGCGAAGGCUCGAAGAGAUUGCCUCCAAAGCGCCAGCUGGAGUUUGCUAGCGAUUCUAGCCUGCGCAUUGGUAGCGGUCCGGCCAGGGAUCUUGAGCCGCCGAGGCCCGAAGAUGGCGACCCUGCAGCCACCACCUCAAGUACCGCACGACGAAGACGGCACCGAUCCCCCUCCUCCUGCAGCCCCACCCGUCCCACAGUUCGCCCACGUACCAAUGCAGGGGAUAGGCCUUCGACCUCGGAUGCUGCCCCGCCGACCCCUUGAUUUUCUAACCCUCGAGCAGAUCCGUACCCCCGUCACCUUGCCUUCCCAUCCUUUCCAUCCCCAUCUCUUCCGCGACUUCUACUGUACCCGUCUACUCACCACCGUCCACCCCCACGCCUCCCUCCAAUCCGCUGCCCCCACAUUCUGCUGGCAUCUCCUGCUGUUCAGCGCUGCAUAGGAGCAAAGCAACGUCGUAGAAGUCUACUGCGUUGCUACGGGGACUAUCCCCGCCUGUCGCCACUUCGAGAUCUUUUGAGCGGCGCUUUCCACACC